GCCUGCCCUAUACCUAGUGUAGUCGACCGAUGGAUGAAAGACCAUUCGAAGUAGGUACAUUUAAAACCUAAAUGGUCCUUCGCCAGUGCGCCUUCGCGGGCUUCAACUGCUGGAUUUUCAUUUCGGUAGCAACGGCUUAUCAGGCAAAAUGUGCCGCUGACGCCGUGUAAAAGGGGGAUAUAUCGGUCUCGAGUUCGUAUCCACUCUCCUAUACUGAUCGUCGAUCAAGUGUUUUGCGGAAGGAACAUAAUAUAAAGUAACGGACCAAGUAUUCUUAUGCUCCGUAUCAAUGCAGUCUUCCUCCUCAACUGAUGCGCCAACCGGUACCCCUCCCUCUACCACACCAUCAUCUUUGUAUCCUCCUUUAAAAGACCCAUGGGCCCCGGUGCCCCGCGCGAAGAACAUAUCCGGAAAGUCAAACUCAGCUACCCAUCAUAACGCCAAAAUAGCGGCAGCACCACCACGAUCCUCACAUUUGCCAAAACCUUCUUCUCCCUUUGGACAUUCGUACCGCCUUCGAGAGCAGCCCCCUUACGGGCAAGGCAUCUCUUCGCCUUCGCCUUUACCGCCGUCACCAUCACUGCGACCGGCCUCCUAUCUUGCGAAACGCUAUCAACGGCCGCAGAAGAACGAAUCCAGGUGUUUGCAACAUAUCCUGCCAGGUUUAUUCAUCGCAUUCGAGAGUGACCGUAUCGCAUUCGGCCCUCCAACGAGCUCACUACGUAUUCCUCCAGAGGAAGAGCUGAGAACGAACAACGGUGAAAGGUUCACGCAUAUCAUUAAACUUAGUGCCUUGAAAGACCAAUCCGAGUCGCCUGACAUUCAGCAUCACGUCGAUUCUUAUGAGACCCAGGUGUUGAACUUGGGUAUCUCCCCAAACUCUCCCAACUUUUUCGGACUUCGCAUGCACAUUCUCACCUCGGAAGUCGACGAAGUGCCUUUUGAGGCAGCACACAGGCUUUAUACUGAUCACAGGGACUACAAUAAUGAACACUCCGGUGGUAUCCCGUUGUUGACGCAAAAGCAGCUUCUUGCAUCAAGAGAGUUCAUGUGCGGAACGGGAUACGAUUUACACCGGCAUCAAGGUGCUCGGAUCCUCAUCACAGCUCCUCGAGACCAUUGCACGGACAUGAUCUCCGUCCUCACAUGUUAUCUUGCAUACGCUUCCGGCAACACUGCGGCCAUGGUUCUACAUGAGAUAGACAAGCAUGAAGGGUUUUUGGGAAUUUGGAAGAAUACUGUAUCACAAUAUACAGUGUCGAUUAUUCAGGAAGUUGUUGAUAUGCGGUUGUGCUAGUUCGCAGGUCGCUCUAUGUACAUCCUCCUUUCCUCGUUGUGUGUUAGUCAUAAUGUAACAGAAGUAGUCCGUGAAUGCAUACA